UGAUUUUGUUUUCCUCUUCUUGUUCCACUCCGAGCUCCCUCCGUGAAAUCGCGUUAAAAAUGGAAAAUUCUUGAGUUUAGUGGACGAAUAGGGUGAUAAGAGUGAGUUCAAGCCGUUUCCCAACUCUUGUCGUCGUUCCCGUCGGCAAAAGUGGGUCGGACAAGUGUAUAAAAAGCUUGAAGAACCGCAGCGCGAAAGAUUCACAAAACCACGGAGCUGCAACCACGUAAAAGGAUUCAAAAUCCUUUUUGCAACGCUGUGGGAACUAAUCAACUGACUCACAAUCAACUGCAGAGAGCACAGAAAUCGGUGGCUGAGAUCCGGGUGUCUCUAAAGCCAACCAUCGGAAACCGCACAAGUAGAACGGUUCAUGACUCUGCAAGGAUCUGUUGCAUUAACGAUCGGGCCACCAAGUUUAGUGACGAGGCCUAUAUCCUCAGCGCUAUAUCCAGCUGGAUUCAACCUUCGCGCGUCCCGUGCCUGCUUGUUGUGGUUUGGAGGGAAACCCUUCAUCAACGAUUUAUCGAUUUUCCCAGCAGCAGCGGCAACAGCACAACACAUCCAGGGCGGGGGAAAAGGACGGUUGCCGUACCCAGGUGUAGUCGCGUGAAGCCAUUCAAGGCACUCCUCGAGCCCUCGAGUGUUCUCAAAAUGUCGCAGGUCAGACCGAAACGGCUGGACGGCGAUCGGUGUCACGACGGGAAAUGGUGAAAACUGUCCCGACCAUUCGCAGUACCAGUAGCCGUAGUAGUAGACGCGAAAGCGAACGGAGCUAAUCGUCGCAGCACAUCCCAACAAAUCAUCGCCCACACUCUUCGAUAGACGGCCAACCAUACGAAUCCUACGACCAAGCAAGCGCAUCUGCUUUAGGAGUAUCAUCACCAGCGCCUGCUAUGCCUCGGACCCUUCUAUGCCCUGGCUGAGCUGCAGCUUCUCGUUCCCAGAGACACAGCGCACAGUCUACUUCGUUGUUGGUUGUGAACAGCGAGGACCGUAAGCAACGGAAUCUCCGACGAUCGGAACAGACGGAUAGGUAGUCAGGAGGGCAACGCGAGAGUGACCGUUGGUGUGGCAAUGGGCGGUUCCGUGAGUCAGGUGUUCCGUUCUGGCAGCGCGCUGCUUUCGAACCGUGAUGGCCAUAAGGUGUCGGAGGCAACGGUCGACAAGGUGAACACCAUCUUCGAUGCGCUCCGGGCCAAUCCCAAGAUUUCGAUCCAUCGGCUCGAGCCGCUCCUGCUACAGAUACCGAAGUACGAAAACAUUCUUGCCAUACACGAUGAAACGGGAUACAAUCUGCUCCAGAAAAGCGUCGGACUGAACCAUGUCGAGCUAGCCAGGUGGUUACUGCACCGCCACAGACCAGACGUGAACCGGAGCUCAUGUUCGCUGCCACUGCACAUCGCCUGUUUGAAAGGUUACGAAGAAUGUGUGGAACUGCUGCUGAAGCAUGGUGCUAGAAUCGACACCGAGGCGAGAAUGUGCUUCCCCGGUGCCCAUUCACACAACUGCGAAGAGAGCGGGAAAUACAGAAAUCAAGGUGACAACACGGUUGGUGUGUGCGAGCGGCCCAACACGAAGCUACAGAAUGCCGUCUGCUACGCGAUCGACGGCGAUCAGAUCAAUGUACUGAACAUUCUGGCGCAGAAGAUGGAAGAACCUUGGAUGCUGUUUCGCGUUCGCAAACCACUGCUGCACAUUGCUUGCGAGCGGGGUGCGUGGAAGUGUGUGCAGCAUCUGGUGCAAACGCGCUCGGAUGAGAUCAAUCUGAUCAAGGACGAGUACUACCCGAUCCAUCAGGCCGUCCUGCACGACGGACGGUUUCUGGAGCUGUUGAUACAGCACGGUGCCAUUACGACGGUGCGUACCUGCACGCAACAAAUGACACUACUACAUGUCGUGAUAUUGGCGGCUAGGAAAUCGGCGGAAGAUACACUGAGCACCAUACGGAUUCUGCUCGAGCGUGGCUGCAAAGAGCUAAUCAACAGUCCGGAUUCACUCGGUAAUACACCGCUCCACGCUAUCAUCGUCCGGUACGCGCUAGAGGAAGCAAGAUACGGUUACGAUAAGUGGAACAAGUGGGACGUGCUGCAUCUGGUGCGAUUCCUGCUACAGAAUGGCGCCAAGAGCUCGAUCAACCAGAGCGGUAACAGUGCGCUGGCCUGUGUCUUUCGGCACAUUCGCGACUGGGAGGUGUGCUACGAGUUGCUGAAUAUGCUUAUCAAAGAAGGAGGCGAUCCCAACAUCGUCGGUCGAGAUGGCUCCGUCCCGAUUAUGGUCUGUUUGGUACCUUUGAUCAACAAAGACCCGCUGCACCAUUUCACCCAUUCAAUGAAGGUUUGCUAUCUGAACUGUAUCCGGAUUCUGCUGCAGAACGGCGCGAAUCCAAACUGCUCGUACCGCUCCAACCUAACGCCACUGCACGUGCUGAUCUUUACCGUGUCGGAGAACUUUACGCUCAAUUGUGAUGGCCAGAAGCGGGCCAACUUUGAUUUUAUCAAAAACAUUCUACUGUUGCUGCUACAGUAUGGGCUGGACUGUAACAUCACCUCGCACCACAUCCUCCAAUCGGUGAUCGACAUGAUCGUGAACGUGCGCUCCUGUCCGGAUAUCGUGUGCGUUUACGAGCUGCUCCUGCUGCUGAUGCAGUACGGUAUCGAUCCGAACAUUUCGCUCAGUAACAAGCUAAUGCUGAAUGGGGCCGCCAGUAGCGGUGGCAGUUCGUCCAUCAUUUUCGUCAAUGAUUUCAUCAACUUCGGUACCAGUGGCAUGCGUGGUGCACCGACACCGGCAGUAGUCGCCGAGGUAGGCGGUGGUGGCACUGGCGGCCCAGCUGGACCUUCCGAUGCAGCCAGCGGUGCUGGUGGUGGUGGUGUAGGCAACGGUAGUAACGGUAACGGAGGAUCCGUUGGCUCGAGCACUGGUUCUAAUGGAGCAAGCAGUAGCGGCGGUGGCAAUGGAGGCGGCUCGGCAAGUGGAUCGGUAUCGAAUGGCAGUGAUAACCUGCGUAACUCGUUCCGCCAGAACGCCCGGAACCAUCUGCUGUUCUACUACAUUAUGCUGAUCACGCGCAAGGAGUUCAUUUUGCUUGAUCGCGAGCAGACGUACCAGCGCAUCAUCUACCUGUUCUACUACUCGAUGAAGCACGAUUCACUGUUCAACUGCCUGAAGUCACUGCACAAUCUGUUCAUCGCUCAGGUGCCCCACAAAACGAUCGAUAACCUGCGCCAUCUCAUUAUCACGCUGUACAAAAAGCCGCGCAGCCUGAAGCAGCUGUGCCGGGUGUGCAUCUACGACAGUUUGGGCAAGAAGCUGGCCCCGAACAUUAAUCGGCUCAAUCUGCCCGGCCCACUGAAGGAGUACGUCAUGAACUUUGACACGUAAAUGCCCAUGGCCGCUAAAUGUGGAGACGCGUUUAUAUGUUUCCAAUCCGAGAUCUCGAUAAUACUGUGUGUGUGAGUCUGUUUGUGUGUGUGUGUUUGCGUGUGUGUGCCUGAGUGUCUGUUUGUCCCCGGGGAAUGGUCCGGAGAUCGUUGUACUGUCCUUUGGUAUUAAGAUAAUGAGCAGCGCGAGCAAAAGACCGUUUGUUACAGAUGCUAAGUUUAUGGUUAAUGUUUAAAGAUUAAUGUUUAAUGUUAAAAGGAGCUCGAAUCCGUGAAUUAUUCUUGGUGAACCCACAGACAUAUUGGCCGACAUUUACGUUGGACGCGCUCACCUUUCGGUUGGCGGAUCGGGCCCGUUGCACGAUCUUAUAUUCUGCAGUAAGCAUUUCUCUCUUUCUCGUUCUUUCUCCGAUUCGUAGUGAUUCGCAUCGGUCACAUUCGUUUCAAGCUCUUUUUCUCUAGGUAUCUCAGUAUCGAAUUAUCCGAUUAUUAGGUAAUCUCUUGCUGUGUUGUUAGGCAUGUAGAACAAAAGUUUCCCCAAAAGCCCCUCCAAUUCAAUGAUGGUCUUCGGUUGAGAUGCUCAUGCUUGAAGCUGAAACCAAACUGGUCCUGCUACUGGCUGGCAUUAUAUGGUCCGGCACGAGCGUUGCCACACGGGUCUGCAUCCCGAUUUUCGGACGGAAUGCCUCUGACACCAAGUUAGAGACGCCUCUGACUUGACUUCACUCAAGGCUGCUAGAAACUAACCAACUAGGAAAACAUAUAUUUCAUAUGUGUGCAUACUGUAAAUACGGUGUUAGCCGCAUUGCCGAAAGUAUAAAAAAAAAACAACAGAAAGCAAAACAUUUAGGUAGCGCGAGAUAUAAACAAAGAAUAUAUGAACAUAUGAGAGUAAAGCAAGUGGUGCUUGGUGCGCUCCUGCCAUUUGUCCCGGGCAAAUAUACUGAACUAGAUAUGAUAACGAAGUAGAGCAGCCUUCUAUACACUCUGUAUUGAAUCCAGCCGACCACGUCUGUGGGACUACGAUAACCAAAACAUACACACAGACACUUUUUCGUACAACAAACCGCCAGAAGAAAGGGGUUAAGAAGAAGGAGCAAUUGUCUACGUCUACAAACUACUACUGCUGAACCCGAAUUUCAAUUUAUGGAACGUGACUGAAGGACAAAUCGAACAAAACUUGAACUGGAACAGUGUACUUGGCACUGUGUUGAAAGAAAUGUAAAACAAAAACUGUUAGUAAAUCGGCGACGGUAGUCGUCGUUCCGAGAACACUGGUCGUGUAAGUCAAGGGGGUUGAAUCGAGCGUAAUAAACUGUUUGACAAAUGUGA